ACCCACGACCUCAAGACCCCGCCACCACCACCACGGGAGGAGCUCCGGCCACCCGCCGAGCUCUAUGACAGCGACUUUGUCCUGCCCAGCCGGCAGAUCGAGCUGCUGCGCAUCACGGAGAAGCGACAGGCGUACUGCGUUCGAACCAGCAGCCUGGACUUCCCCAAACCGCUCUGCCAGGCAGCCAGGAAGUCCUGCCCUGGCUCCGUCGACAGCUCCCCGACGGAGGCCGAGUGGACUCAGAGCUUCCAGGAGCAACUGGAGCAGCCCGGGUGCUUGACCGACCGAGGGAAGAAGCCGGGCUCUGUCACCUUGCGUGUCUGCCCUCAGUACGAAACCGGACUCUCCAAAGACACCAGUGUCAAGCUGCACGUCACCAGCCAGACGUCUGCCGGCGAGGUGGUGAAGCUGGUGGUGCUGGAGAUGAACGACGUCUCCCGCGGCGUGCUGGGCGGCUCGGCCGCCUUCUGCUAUGGCGAGGAGCAGCUGGAGCACUUCGGACUGGUGUUUGCCUCCGACGACAGCGAGCGGUGGCUUCCCGAUGACUUCUUGCCUCUGUCCCUCCAAACUUCCCGGCCCGAGGGGCGGUUCUACGUCCGGAUCAAGGAGACGUCCCCUCUGGUGCUCCAGUACGCGCCAGCCACCACCGUAUGAGAGGAGAGCCAGCCGGGCGGCGCGGGGCCCUCAGCGGCCAGAGAGCAGACAGCUCGUCUCUGAUGCUUCCUUCUUGCACAGACACCCUCUCAUCAGGCAUCCGCGGGGUGGAAUGGGAUCAUACUGGGCUGUGUGUUAUUUGUUUGUGUUCUUUUUUAUUUUUAUUUCUUUUUAACCAAAGAGACAUCGAGACUCAGUUUUUCUGACUGCAGAAGAGGAGGGUGGAGUGCGGAGACCUCAGAGCUUGGGAGGAAUCUCUGCAGGAAUGGAAUUUUUGAAAGUAAACAUUUUUAAGGGGAAAGGGGGGGAGAGAGAGAGAGGAAAAAUAUUACAAGAAGAAGCAGCAAUACUUUUUUUUCCUAUCUUCUUUUUCUGAAAAGCCUUGUUUGGGAUUCACUGGAGGAAAAAAGCCACAGAGCUGGGGAGGGUUGGGUGUCAGUGAGAAGAGGGCACGAGUCACAAGGACAGCACUGAGAGGGGUGUUCUCCUGUCUGCC